UUUAUUUUCAAGAGAAAGAGUUUCUUACCACUGUAUAUUUCUUCGGUUCUGUUUUGACAGUUUGUUUGCUUUGGAAAAAAGGAAGCGAAAAAAGUGGAAAAAACACAUAAUACACAAAACAAAAUUUUCCAAAUGAGUGUGAAAAUAUCAUUCUUUUUAAAAAAACGUGAGCAAUAUUAGUAACAGUGUUUCUAUAUGUUUAAGAUAUUAAAUAUAAUAAAAUAAUCGAGUUAAAUAUAAAGUAAUUGUCACAAUGUCCGCUAAUGAUUCCGGCUGCGUGGAAUCAAGUAGUGAUAGUAAUGACGGGCAUAGUUCUGGUAUAAUGAUAACACCUCCGCCUCUAAUGCCGCCUACACCAACAUCCUCACCCAAUACACAUGAAUGGCAUUGGCCAAAUAGUAACAAUCCAAAUCCGCUUGGAGAUCAUUUUGCUUUACCGCAUUUGCCACCGCUUCCGUUGAACUCGGAAUACUUGCCCAGCAUUAUACAUCCUAGUACACUACCAUCGGGUAGUCAUAAUUUUAAAAUGCGCCUACGUACACGUACCAAACAACGUCUGCGUUCGAGUUUUAGUAGUAUGUAUGCCGAAUCAAAUGGACGUAAAUUACGCACCGCUGCGGCAACAUGUAAUAUUGAGUUGUUGAAUCGCCUAUUGGAAUCUGGUGUCGAUCCCAAUGCUGCUGAUGAGUACAAACGCAGUCCAUUGCAUCUAGCCGCUUGUCGCGGUUACAUACACAUCGUCCAACAAUUAUUAAAAUUUGGAGCAAAUCCAAAUGUUGUUGAUUCAUUAGGAAAUACACCGCUGCAUUUAGCAGUCAUAUCGGCCAGUUCCAAUAAUUUUAAUGUUGUUGCGCGCUUAUUAUUAGCUGGUGGAGCCAGUGUACACAUGUUUGAUCGCAGCGGUAAAUCACCUUUAGAACUAGCAGAAGCCAAGCUACGACUUCUACGUGCGCGUUAUAAUCAUCCAACGCCAGAGACGGCUAAAAUACUUGAAGAUAUGUGUAUGCUUACAACGCUUAUUCUGCGCUAUAGGGUUAAACAACAUCGUGAACUUGAAGAUUUAUCUGCGCUAGAGCAACGUUUACAAAACUUGAGCACCAGUGAUGACCAAGAACAGGUUGUAUCCCAGACGGCCGAUGAAUUACUCGCCAGCGUCGAACGUUUAUCGAUUAACAAAUAAGCUCAAAAAUUAUUUAAACAAUCAAUUUAUAUCAUGAAUUUCUUUGUUUUUAUUAAAGUUAUUUUCAUUACACAAUUUGGCUGCCGUUGAAGCGUUUGUAAUGGAGAUUACAUGAACUAAAUAAUUAAGUAAGAAUGCUCUUGGAUAUGAAAUAAAGUUAAGUUUUAAACUUAACGUUUCGUACUUUCAGCAAAUGAGCUGCAAAUUCAUAAAUAAACGCUAUAGUAUUUUAAGUUUUAAAUAUUAAUUGAUACUAAAUACAAAAAGCAGCAACUGAUGAUCUAUUUUAAAAGUUUUAAGUUUGAUUUAAGCUAAGUUAAACAAAGAAUUAUAAAGUAAAUAUAUAUUAUUAAUGAUAUGUAAUAAGCAAAUCACAAAAAUGAAUUACAUUACAAAUAUGUAUGUAAAGUGUGAAUUAAUAGACGUAGCAUGUAUGGUAUAUUCAUUUCUGAUAUUAAUGACUUCUUUUAGUGUCUAUGAAUAUGCUAAAAAAAUACUAAUGUAUUUCAAUCUUUAAGUGUGAAAAUAAAGGCAGUCGCCUAUUUAAAAUUAA